ACGGGCGGGCGGGCGCACGGGGCUCCCGGCCGGGGCCGCCAUCGCCAUGGGGAACCGGGAGAUGGAGGAGCUGAUCCCGCUGGUGAACCGGCUGCAGGACGCCUUCUCGGCGCUGGGCCAGAACUGCCUGCUGGAGCUGCCGCAGAUCGCCGUGGUGGGCGGCCAGAGCGCCGGCAAGAGCUCCGCCCUCGAGAACUUCGUCGGCAGGGAUUUUCUUCCUCGGGGUUCAGGCAUCGUCACAAGACGGCCCUUGGUCCUCCAGCUUGUCACUUCUAAAGCAGAAUAUGCUGAGUUCUUACACUGCAAAGGAAAGAAAUACACAGAUUUUGAUGAAGUUCGCCACGAGAUUGAAGCAGAAACAGAUCGAGUGACGGGCGUGAAUAAAGGAAUUUCUUCUAUACCUAUUAAUUUACGUGUUUAUUCACCACAUGUGUUGAAUCUGACCCUUAUUGACCUACCCGGAAUCACCAAAGUGCCAGUAGGGGAUCAGCCACAAGACAUUGAGUAUCAGAUCAGGGAAAUGAUUCUGCAGUUUAUCACUCGGGAGAACUGCCUGAUCUUGGCUGUGACACCGGCGAAUACAGAUCUUGCCAACUCAGAUGCACUUAAAUUGGCUAAGGAAGUUGACCCUCAAGGUCUGAGAACCAUCGGGGUCAUCACCAAACUGGAUCUCAUGGACGAAGGAACUGAUGCAAGAGAUAUUUUGGAGAACAAGCUGCUUCCUCUUCGCAGGGGUUAUGUGGGGGUUGUAAACAGAAGUCAAAAAGACAUCGAUGGGAAAAAGGACAUUAAGGCUGCGCUGCUGGCAGAAAGGAAAUUCUUUCUUUCUCACCCCGCCUACAGACAUAUUGCUGAUCGAAUGGGAACGCCACAUCUCCAGAAAGUCCUUAAUCAGCAACUAACCAAUCACAUUCGGGACACGCUGCCAAGCUUCAGGAGCAAACUUCAGAGCCAGUUGCUGUCUAUAGAACAUGAAGUAGAGGCCUUCAAGAACUUCAAGCCAGAAGACCCUACUAGAAAGACCAAAGCAUUGCUACAGAUGGUUCAGCAGUUUUCAGUGGACUUUGAGAAAAGAAUCGAAGGAUCAGGGGACCAAGUGGAUACACUGGAGCUCUCGGGUGGUGCCAAAAUCAAUCGCAUCUUCCAUGAGAGGUUUCCUUUUGAGAUUGUGAAGAUGGAGUUCAAUGAGAAAGAACUGCGAAGAGAAAUAAGCUAUGCAAUCAAAAACAUACAUGGUAUCAGGACAGGCUUGUUUACUCCUGACAUGGCAUUUGAAGCAAUUGUUAAAAAACAAAUUGUGAAACUUAAAGGGCCUUCACUGAAGAGCGUGGACCUUGUGAUGCAGGAGUUAAUCAAUACUGUCAAGAAAUGUACCAAAAAGCUGGCAACCUAUCCAAGGCUCUGCGAGGAAACAGAAAGAAUUGUUGCUAACCACAUUCGUGACAGGGAAGGGAAGACUAAAGACCAGGUGCUGCUGUUGAUUGAUAUCCAGGUAUCUUAUAUUAACACCAACCAUGAAGACUUCAUUGGGUUUGCAAAUGCCCAGCAGAGAAGCAGUCAGGUUCACAAGAAAAGUGCAGUUGGAAAUCAGGGAGCCAAUCUUCCGCCUUCAAGGCAAAUUGUGAUUCGAAAGGGCUGGUUAACCAUCAACAACAUUGGCAUCAUGAAAGGAGGAUCCAAGGAGUACUGGUUUGUUCUAACUGCUGAGAGCUUAUCCUGGUAUAAAGAUGAUGAGGAAAAAGAGAAGAAAUACAUGCUUCCCUUGGAUAACCUGAAAGUACGAGAUGUAGAAAAGAGCUUUAUGUCCAGCAAGCAUAUCUUUGCACUCUUUAACACGGAGCAAAGAAAUGUAUACAAGGACUACCGCUUCCUUGAGCUAGCAUGCGACACCCAGGAGGAUGUGGAUUGCUGGAAGGCCUCUCUGCUCCGAGCCGGCGUCUAUCCUGACAAAUCCUUAGGGAACAACAAAGCCGAAAGUGAUGAGAGCGGCCAGACCGAAAACUUUUCCAUGGACCCCCAGCUGGAAAGACAGGUGGAGACCAUCCGCAACCUCGUCGAAUCCUACAUGUCUAUUAUCAACAAGUGUAUCCGAGAUCUGAUUCCCAAGACAAUAAUGCACCUUAUGAUCAAUAAUGUCAAAGACUUCAUAAAUUCAGAGCUCCUGGCACAACUCUAUUCUUCUGAAGACCAAAACACCCUGAUGGAGGAGUCAGCAGAGCAGGCUCAGCGUCGAGAUGAAAUGCUCCGAAUGUACCAAGCCCUGAAAGAAGCCCUAGUUAUCAUUGGGGACAUCAACACCGCCACCGUAUCCACUCCUGCGCCUCCCCCAGUGGAUGAUUCCUGGUUACAACAUUCCCGCAGGUCACCCCCUCCAAGCCCCACCACCCAGAGGAGGCCGACGUUAAACACUCCUCCAACCAGACCCGUAUCUGGGCGUGGACCCGCUCCAGCUAUACCGUCUCCUGGCCCCCAGGCAGGGGCUCCACCAAUCCCAUUCCGUCCAGGACCCUUACCGCCUUUCCCCAACAACAGCGAUGCCUUUGGCGCUCCCCCGCAAGUCCCGUCACGGCCAACACGGGCUCCUCCCAGCGUCCCCAGCCGGAGACCACCUCCGUCACCAACUCGUCCUACUAUAAUCCGUCCAUUAGAAUCCUCUCUCUUAGACUAAGUGAAGUUCUGGCAUGACAACUAACAAAUUGUAUGAAAGCAACUCAUUUGAUAACUGUUGCAAUAAGCCAUGAGUAGUCGCAUGUGUGGACAUCUGUAGGCAAGUAACCAGCUUAACUAAUAUACUCGUCAUCCGUUCUGCAUUGCCUGUAGCAUCUCAGAUAUUUGGGGAAGGUCUACAUUGCAUUGACUCCCUUUAUAAACUGUGUUCACCGGGGUAUACUUCUGACCCUGAACAAUGAAGUGAGAGCUUUCAGGAGGGGUUGGCUGCCUGCUAGAUUUCAUUUGAGACGUAGUCUCCGGCUCAGAUUCGUGCUCCGGAGAUUCCUUGAGGCUGAUGGCUUCCCUUCCUGCUGCCAUGUGUACACUCUGAUCUCCAACGCUUUCAGCUUGGUUUAUGGUGCUGCACAGAGGCAAUUUCAGAAGAGUCAGAGUUGGGGAAGGAAGUUGAGGUUGGCAAGAUGGCCAAGGCAGGUCUCCCUCCAAGCACACCCCACAGUGGGCUGGCCGAGUGGAUUCAGACCCCUGGGGGUCUGCUGGGGGUCUGCAACAGUCACUCCUUUCACCCAAUUAUUAUAACAACUGUGGUUCGCUUGGUCAGAUUUCAGAACCACUCAUUUGAGGCAUCAGAUCACCUAUUGAAGGAAUUCUGACCUAAUGGGGAAAACCAACAUUAUGCAGUACACACUGCUUCCCUCAAAUUGCAGACAGGCAGAAAGAGGCCAAGUUAUCUCUCAUCAAAAUGGCAGCUUGCUCUGUCAUCGUACAUGUCGAUGUCCUCGUCACCCCUCCACCCCCUUUCCUGGACCUGCUGCAAGUGACUUUCACUAGCAUUCCUUCCAGGAGAAGUUGUGAAAAUCAGUGAGGCUGCUAGCUAACACAAGACUAAGAUUUCAACAGUAGGAUGAGCUUUUUCUUCCAUUGGUUUCUUCUGUUUCCUGUCCCUUUCUGUUGUCCAACUGUGAAUCAGUAAUCAUCUGAGUGAGGUUAUGGCAGUUCAUUUUCAGAGUUUAAAGCAGAAGCAAGGUACUUCAUCUAAGUUGCUCUGAGAUGAUAAAUAUUUAAUUCUGGUACUGGCAUGGUUUUUGGUAUGCCGGGAGAUGAGACGAGUGGAGAGACCUUCCCAGUCUCUUUAUCUCAGCAAAAUGAAAUGUCUCUUUUAACUCACCAAGAUUUCACUUCACAGUUAAUAUCCAUGCUUUGGUAGGACCAACUGUUCAUCCCUGUGAACAUUCAUCUGUGAACAGAUCAUUCAAUAUUUUGCUUUCUAGAUUUCUGUCAUUUGGUUGGCUGUUAUGUUUUGCCCCUUCCAACUGUUAAAUUUUAAGUCACCGACACCAUUUCUAAGUAAGAUUCUUCAGCUUUGUGGGACCGAGAGGCAGGGCCUGUCCCUUCCAACUGUUAAAUUUUAAGCCACAGACACCGUUUCUAAAUAAGAUUCCUAAGUUUUGUGGGACCCAGAGGCGGGGCCUGUCAGUGUGAGAUGUAGUGGAACAAGGGUAAAAUGCACUGAUUUUGCAUAUGCACUUAUAUGCCAUUUGCAGUGCUCCAGGGUCCUGAGAUUCUGGUCAACAGGCCUGGUCAUUUAAACCCAAUCAAGAUGGCCUUGGAGCAUUUGGGCAGGAAAUCACACUAUCCCCAUAGAGUUUUUGGGGUUUUUUUAAAUAAAACAGCUUCUAAUAUUUAUCAAAGUACCUACUGAACUGUCCAUUCUUGAGACUAAGCUCUUUGCUCCCCAGCCCCAAGUGAUCGGUUUAUGCCAUUAUGGGAGAAACCACAAGCCAGGAGGAAUGUUGUCUGGCUAAGUAGUCCCAGGCAGCAGUUUAAGCAUCCGUCUGAAUCAGGUCCCAAGACCCUACUUCAUACUGUAUAGAAGUAAAUCAGAUUUCUCCAGUCGAAAACUUCGGAAGCGGCAUGCGUGAUUUGUAUGUUACUUAACUUUAAGUUCCUGUAUAGUUGAUGCCCAAUGUAGACACCUAGAGAGCAUCAAGUAAAUAGCGAUACCACCGUAAGGCCAUUGUAAAACGAGAAAUUGUCGCAGCCAGUGGCGUUGGGGGUCUCUUUUCUAAAUGGUCAGAGCUUAUUUGAAGAAUUAGUAAGAACAUCUUUAAAAGCAGAGGCAUUUCCCUUUUUAAGUUCCAGAUAUUUAGUUUUGAUUUACUGUAAAACGCAGAGGCAUCACUGUUGUGAUUCUCAGUGGAUAAAACAAGAGGGAUCGUGUGUCACGGAUUAAUCGACGCUCCCAUUUCUCAAUUCAUAUUCUUAUUGAAAAAACUUAUCUCUGUGAAAAUGGCAGAUAUGCAGGCUCUGCCUUAAAAUUACUCUUAGGUAACUGAAAAAUGUUAGGUCUCGAGCAGAUCAAAAUCAGAAGGACACAUCCCUCCCAGCCCCUGCCCCCGAUGCCCAGUAAAGUCUUUUCCUAUAAACCCAGUCUUUAGGAUUCCCUGAGGUCUUUCCCCUUUCUUUCAAAGGCAGCUGGCAGAUUUUGCUCUAGGGGGUUGGCUUUGUGCUAAAAGCGGUUUUGAAUUUUGCCAUAUUAUAAAAAUUUCCUUCUGUUCAAGGAAAAUAUUGUGGAUAACCACUGGAGUGUUUCGAGAUCGGCACAAACCAUGGUGGAGAAAAUUGGGGAUCUUUUUCAAAUGUCUUUCCACUGAUCUUGUGUAGUCAUAAACAGUGCAUUUGUCAUCUUCGGCUUUUGCGCCCAGAUUAUAGCCCCGCAGUUAAACCAUACACCAUAGUUGUCUCCCUUUUGGGUACAUUUUUGUUUCUUUCACUUCUAAGAUGUUUCUAAUAGAACCCAACCACCUCUGAAGUUUUGGCAGAUAAGUGGUGGAGAUUAUUCCAAGGAUGCUGCUAUUCACUGAACUGCUGUAAGCAGUGUUGUUACUUUAUUCCCUUUGCCCAAAGGGUUCUUAUUUUGGAAAGGGAGAAGCUACUGUGACUAGCAUAGUCAAAACUUACAAGGAUUCCAGUUUUGAGGUGCAAAAAUUAUGUACACCAGAUUUAGAGAAGGGAACACUUUUGUUGAGCACUCCCAGAUGUCCAUCACUUUAGAUCUACUCCUCUGAAUCGCUUCCAUCUCAGCCAACCAUUCUCUGAUGGUGUCACUGCUGCAUAUAAAAUUCCUCGUGCCUCGUUCAACUACCCAGACAUCAGAUGUUACUUUCAGAAUUGAGACAUAAAUAAACUGAUCCGCCCAUGAAUACUGGCAGGGCAAACUUUUUUUUAUUGCCGCCUAUAGGCUCCUCCGACCCACAGGAACAACUUAUUUAUAUGCGGAUGAGAAUGAUUUGAAGUUACCAUCAUGCAUUUCUAAAAACCCACUGAGAUUUCCCUUCUGGGCUUUGCUUUUAACUAGAGCUAGGUAACAGAGUUAGAUGAUAGGACCUGAUUAUGAACUCAUUUCCUAGGUAUUGAGUGGAGGGGAUUGCCAAUCUGAGCAGCCUAUCAUGCUUUAAAAUGGAAUUUUUUUUUCCCCGUAUUUGAGUACCAACCUUCUGAAUUCAAAGAGUAAGCAGAGUUAAGUGGAUUUCAUUUUAUUGGCCUUUGUGUAGACUUUAGCCAUAACUCUCCGAUACGAAAUGGGACCUACUACCAGUAUGUUAUAAAUGUUGAUGUUUUGUAUGUGCAGAAACAUUUUUCUAUGCAUGUGUGAUGAUGUAGUAUGAACUGGGUAAUAUUUAUGUAAGUACAUGUGUUUUGUGUGCUUUUAAAUUGGUAGGUAGUGUGUAAAACAGUUGAUGAAAUGCCUCCAGCAUGAGUAUGGUAAAAUGUGUGUAUAUGUGUGUAUAUAUGUAUAUGUAGGUGUGUACAUAUCUAUAUAUAUAUAUACAUGUGUUUAGUCCUGUUGUGAUAAUUAUCUUUCAAAAACUGUGCUAAUGUAAAAGUUGGCUAUGAAGGAUCUGUAGUAUUUUAUGGCAGUUGUCAUCAGGUAGUGAGCCAUUUCUCGAAAAACCAUAUAGAUCGGCAGUCUUCAAACACCUGUUGCUCCAGACUCUGUUCUUUUGUGUACAGUGUUCUCAGAACAAGAAUGGCACUGAUGAACUCUAGGCCUGGGGGAAGACUGAAUAAGGCAUCACAGCCCUUGUUUCUGAAUGUUGAAUCUCUACGAGUGAUAUCUAAGAAAAGGCAGCCUUUCCCAACUGGGUGUGCAUUUGCUAACAUCUUCAGAUACCAGUCUAGCUCACUGAGCUGGGACUUACGAAGUUAAGGCGGAGUUCAAGUUGAUUUUUCUUUCUGAGAAUGAAGAAGAACAAAAUGGAGGCAGGGGAGAGGAGAGUGGCCAAAUUUUUUACUCUUCCGGGUGAGAACCUGCAGUGAGGGGAAAUCCUUGCGUAAUCAGCUUCGGACCUUUAUGAUUUGUCUGCUAAUAAUCCACUUGAUUAAGUUAGGCAUCUGGGGUUCUUAUUUAAGAAUAAGCAGGAACUUCUUUGGAACUUCCUGAAAACAGCAUCUUAAGUUGAAAUGUUGCAUUUUUCUUAUGGGAAUAACGUUAUGAAUGGGGGAUUGGUUCUAAAACACAGGUUGGGACACCCUUUAUUUUUAAUCAAAACACCCGGAAUAGUGCAUCCAAUUAUAGACAAUAGACCUUCAUUAAUUACUCAUGUUGAGCGAGAGAGGUUCCAUGACAGAAUAGCCCACUUUUACUUCACUGAUGAAGUAAAUUGAGGGUGAAUAAUGUCAUCUUUUGUCCAGGUGAGCAUACUGUGGCCUUCCCUGGGAAAAGAUCAUUUAAACCUUUGCCCCAUGGUGACCUGGUUGUUCUCUCAGCAUGGAGAUACAUAUACCUUGAGCGGGUCUGAAUUUUCAACCUUGAUGAGCCUAAAUGAGCCGGUUUCAGGAAUAGAUAGGGACUUGAUAAAUGUCUUCAGAUGAUGAUUAGUGAAUUUAGAGAAAAGACAGCAUAUUCUCCAGGUCAUUCAACUACAUUCUCACUAUCUGGUCUUUGCCCUCUUCCACUUGAGUCUCUAAUGCCAUGUUUAAGCAUAUUUGCCUUUUGGAUACUUCCUCAUUCUUCGUUGCUGAUUUUUUAAAGCACUAAGCUUUGUAUAAUGCCUUUAAAAUUGUGCUGAUGCAGUGGAUGAAGUGUGUGUCGUCGUAUGUGUGAGUGUGAGAGAGCAGAUUUGGUCUCAGAUCUUCAUUUAAGAUUGUGUGGAGGCAAUGGGUGAACUGUGCGGUCACUUGCGAACGAGUGAGAGAGCGAGAGAGAUGUCAAGUCAAAGAUUCUUCUUUUGUAUUAAGAUUUGAUCAUACUGGUGAAUUGGUGAGACUUCUCAUCUCCAGUCUGAAGUCUCACCCAAGACCGGCCUCUGUUUUUGUCGAUUUGUUUUUGUUGUAAACCUUUAUCCUGGAAUCUUUACACUGUGCUCUCUGUGUAAUGCAACAGAACAGUUUCCUUUCAUAAAUGGAUAUUACUCUGCCUGUCUUCCCUCUUGCUUUGUCUGCAGGCGAUCUGAUAAGAACGGCUCCUCCUGUCCAGAGAGUCCACCACUGUUGCGUGAAUUGUGAUCUGUUCCGUGUUACCAGCCUGUGUUUGGCUUGCCUUUCUGUGCUUUAUUUCUCUCUCCUUUCCAGAAUGAUCAAAACUUCCUCCUUUUUUUUCUUUUUAUAAAGAGCUGUGCUCAGAUUUUAUCUCCAUUUUGUCCUCUCUGUUGAUCCCCUAAUGAAAAUGAGCCCAAAUACAACUGAAUUGAUAUAUGGACACUGUAGAUGGAUUUUUUUUUUUUGAAGAAAGUUCCUGAAGCCUGUGUCAUUCUUGAAGUCCGAACGCACCUAUUGUGAAAAUGUUAAGCUGUAUUUCUGAACUUGAAAUAAAGUACAAUUGAAGGACUACUCUGUUCUUCAUUCUUGUA